UCUAGGGCCAGGGGGGCCUCCACCUCCCGGGGUCCCCACUGAAGACUUUGGCCCCAUUUUGCCCAGUGCAGGGGGGUGGCUGCGAGCCCUUGGCACUCGGACCUUGGACUGGCUGUGCUGUAAACAAACCUUUCUGCUGAAAAAGCCUUUGAAAACUGCAGGGGCUGCCCGGGGCUGCUCGGCAGAGGGGCCGCAGCCAUGCGCGUGGCCGUCAUCGGGGCCGGGGUGAUCGGCCUGUCCACCGCCUUGUGCAUCCACGAGCGCUUCCAGCCCCUGGUGCCCUGCCUGCAGCUGGAGGUCUACGCCGAUCGCUUCACGCCACACACCACCAGCGACGGGGCGGCGGGGCUGUGGCAGCCCUACCUGAGCGACCACGGCGAGCUGCAGGAGACGCUGUGGAACAAGGAGACCUUCGACCACCUGCUGGGGUACCUCAGCUCGCCAGAGGCGAAGGAGAUGGGGCUUUUCCUCAUUUCGGGCUACAACUUAUUUACACGGCCCAUCCCGGACCCGUCCUGGAAGAACAUUGUCCUGGGCUUCAGGAACUUGACACCGAAGGAGCUCGAACUCUUCCCUGGUUAUAGCUACGGCUGGUUCAACACGGCGCUGAUGCUGGAGUGCAGGAGCUACCUGCCCUGGCUCUCCAACAGGCUGGCACAGAGGGGAGUGAAGUUUUUCCACAAGAAGGUCGGCUCCUUCCAGGAGAUGUUUGCCCAGGGCGUGGAUGUGGUCAUCAACUGCACCGGGGUUCGUGCCGGGGAGCUGCAGCCAGACCCAGCCUUGCAGCCCGCCCGCGGGCAGGUCCUAAAGGUGCAGGCCCCGUGGGUGAAGCACUUCGUCAUCACUCACGACAUGGACUCGGGGAUCUACAGCUCUCCGUACGUCAUCCCGGGGAGUGAGUUCACGGUUUUGGGUGGGAUAUUCCAGCCAGGCAACUGGAACGAAGAGAACAGCGCCCAGGACCACAAAACCAUCUGGGAGAGGUGCUGCAAGCUGCUGCCUUCGCUCCAGAAAGCAAAGAUCGUGGAGGAGUGGAGCGGCUUGAGACCGGCGCGCCCCAGGGUCCGCCUGGAGAGGGAGACCCUCCGCCACGGGCACUCGCAGGCAGAGGUGAUACACAACUACGGGCACGGCGGCUUCGGGAUCACCAUCCACUGGGGCUGCGCCAUGGCAGCGGCCAGGCUGCUGGGGAGCAUCCUGCAGGAGAAGCAGCUGGCCGGACCGCCCCAGUCCCACCUGUGAGUCGCUGCCUGCUCAGCCGGGAUUAGCGUGACAGCAGUAGCUUAGAAAUCACAGCAGAAAGAUGCAAAUAAGGUGGUGAUGCACACGUGGGCUGCUCGACCCUCCUGCCAGCUUCGGCGCCGCUUCCCGGUGUCUCGUUUUCGGGCUGCUGCCAGUUCUGUCGCUGCCAUUAGCCAGAUGGCUGAAUUUCCUCCGCCGUGGCCUCGCACGCCCUACCUAAAGGAAGUGCUUUAAAAUCUGGACUCGUUAUCUGUGGCAAAGUGCACUUCUGUCCCGGGGAUCAGUCUGCAAAGGGUUCGGCUGCAAUCCUGGCAGUCCUGCCAUCCGGGACGGGAUCUGAAACCAAGCCGGUGCCACCCGAGGUCUUCACCGACUGCCCAGACACCCAGAGCCUAAUUAGAUUUGCAGGCUCCCCCCGGGAGGCAAAAGCUCCUUAGUAGGAAGAAGCUGUGGAGCUCCCAGGGAAGUGACCACCGCUCUGAGGGCACGUGCUCCGGCUCCGCCAGCUUUCCUUAAUGCCAGCACCGAGCACGGGUCCUACGGCACCUGGUUAGUGUAGCUGGCAACAGGCAGCAGCAGUGACCUAAAAUGGGCUUUCCAGAUGAUGUUUUUAGUAACAAAAGCAACAUGUUCCAGCCCCGCGUACUUGCCAGGUUCUAUAUAUAGCAGGGAGCAUACGCAAAAUAGCCGCUCUUGGCCCUAAAACUCCCACGGGCGCUUCGGUUCCUCGUCUCCUUCGGCCGUGAGACGGGGCCGGAGCAGCAGCGCUGCAGCCGGGGGGGGGGCUGGCAUGGGGGGCAGCUCUCCGAAGGGUCAGCCCUGCCAGUUUUCCCGUGCCGGGUGCCUUUCUUGCUCCGAAGACUUCACAAAGAGAAAGGGUCGAGCAGCGUUAGCCUCAAACCCAAAGGCAGGCGGUGAUCCUAAGCCCAGUGCCUGCCUUGCUCUGCUCUCCUCUGCAGCCCAGCCGGCUCCCUGCUCCUUUCUGCUACAGCUCCUCUCCCCCUGGAUGCCAGAAAUAGCCUGGCUGGGGACGUACCAGGCAGUGAAUGAGAGCAGCUGCCAUGCAGUUGGGUUCACUUCGCCUCCUGGGGCCCUGGAUUCGAAGCAGCCCAUGGGAAGGGCUCGUUUUGUGGCCGCAGCCCGGGCACCGCUGUGCUCUGCCGAAGGAUCCAACUCCCGAUGAGUUGCUUCAGGUUCCCCAAGGAGAAGAGCGGUGAUGAGCACUCCGUGCUGCUGGGGUGGGUUGCACAUGAGAGAUCCGUGCCCCAUGGGCACAAUCGGGGCUCAUCUCAGCACCACGGAGGUUGCUGUGCCCUGGGAGACCUUCCCGUGGCACCGUUUUCCUCCAAGCACCGUGCAACUGCCCGUACUGUGCACUUUGCAAGUCAGAAUGCCCUGAAAAGCUCUGCUGAGGGCAGCACUUAACUGCUUGGCCUCUUAUUGACGCCGGUAGCUGGUGCACCUCUGCAGCCUGUUAAAAAAAAAACACAGACACAGGAGAAACAGGAGCCCCCGUGGUGUCCGGCCUCUCUGCCAGGAGGGUUUCCCGCUCCACCCGGCAGCUCACCUGAUAGAUCGCAGCCACAUUCGGAGGGUGACAGUCCAGAAAAGGACAGUGAUGGACGUGAUGGAUGUGAUAGAAAGGAUAGAUGACAAUAGAUGGAGAAAAUUUACCGUUGAUUAGUGUGAAACUUAACGGGCUGCGGUGCCUCUGUGGUAAAAGCCAUUCAGUGCCAUAGCAUCCGCUCCAUUUCAUUCAUUCCGAAUUCGGGAGUUACACUCGGGAGGCAGGGGGGUAGCAGUAAGCAAUAAGCGAGCUUGCAAUAAGCUUUUGAUUCCUCUGAUCUUCGAGCCGUUAGGAGCAGCUGUCCUGCGUGGGCCAGGAGACAAACCCGAUCUCACACAGCCUCUCAGAAAACAAGCAGGAAUGAUUAGGUGUUUAAUUUUAUUUGCAGCCUAAUUGUGCUUAUUUGCUAAAAGGUCACAAUUUAAUGUGUGUGCACAAUAAAGGUCAUACUCAAACAC